AACAUGUUUAUUCGUGAUAUCUGGCCUUAUUUGGAUAAGGUGUGGUUCACUGUGGGAACUCAACAUUGGCAAUAUGCAAUAUCAUAAGAAGCACAGUAAGACCAAUAUUUGAUGAAUACGUUGGAAAGUUCCAUGUAGAAUCAAUUAAAUUUGAUCAGCUAACUCUUGGAACGCUUCCACCUACAAUUCAUGGUAUGUCUAUUUACAUGUCAGUAACUCCUUUUUUUUAGCUUGGUAGCAUUGGUUGUUUUGCUCAUGGUUAAACUCAGGUGAUCUCGGUGCGACGUGAAAUUUUUAAAACAUGGUGUAUGGGUAGUUCCAAGUAGACGGUUUAGGUUUGGGGUGCAAUGCCUAUCUUUCACCAAGAUGCAUUUAAAGUGGUUCAUGAUUUGUUGAACCAUUUUGAGUUGAAGUGAGAGAAAUAUUAAGCUGGAUGGAUAGCUAGAGACGAUCUUUUAAGCGUAUACUUAACUGCUCCUCUUAUCUACAUCCUUCAACUUGGGCUAAUUAUUCUGCUAAUUCUUGACAAAAGAUGCCACGAUCACUUUUAGAGGCUUAUAAUAAGUUCUUUCCUUGUUUUCUUAGGUAUGGAUUCUGCGUGUAUGGCCAACAAUAUCAUUAUUUCUUGGCAAGGUUUUCCUUAGAAUUGCCCCAUAAAUGUUAAAAUUCACAAUACAAGAAAACAGUAAUGUGAAUUUAUCACAAGCAUAUGCUAUAUGAUAAUAUCAUGAUAACCUUCCAGGAUUAGUGUUUUUCAUAUAGAAUGUGAUGACCUCAGAGUGAAAUACGUUGCAUUAUAAUAAUCUUGGUAGUAUAAUAUCAUGAUGUUCUUCCAGGAUGUGUGUUUUUUGUUAUAGAAUGUGAUGACCUCAGGACAAUUUUGAAAUAUUGAACCAGUUGAUGGCUGUGGUUGCUUACACGAGGAAUAUGAGCAUUUCUAAUUCCUGAUUACAUGUCAAAAGUUUCAUCUCUUUGCAUGACGGUUUCUAAUCUUGCAGACCUAAAUUAUCUUGCAGAAAUUUUUCAUGGCAGGUAUUAAAGUGUAUGAUACAAAUGAGAAAGUUUUAGUUUUCGAACCAGCAAUUAGAUGGGCUGGCAACCCCAACAUAACUGUGGCACUGAAAGCAUCAUGUCUUCGAGUUACCACACAGUUGAUAGACAUGCAGAUAUUCGUGGCACCACGCAUUACAUUGAAGCCUCUUGUGCCAUCAUUUCCAUGCUUUGCAUCCAUAAUUGGGACUUUGAUGGAAAAGCCGCAUAUUGACUUUGGACUUAAGGUGAUGGGAGGAGAUAUCAUGGCUAUACCACGGUUUUAUCGAUUUAUUCAGGAGAUGAUAAAAGAUCAGAUUGCAAGCCUAUAUCUAUGGCCUAAGAUCUUGGAAAUACCUAUCCUGGACAUUUCAAGUGUGGCAAUAAAGAAGCCUAUAGGCAUACUUCAUGUGAAGGUUGUUAGGGCAGUCAACCUUCGAAAGAUGGAUAUCUUGGGCAAGUCUGAUCCUUACGUGAAGAUGAGGUUGAGUGGAGAAAGUUUGCCUGCAAAGAAAACAACGGUGAAGAUGUGUAAUUUGAACCCUGUGUGGAAUGAACAGUUCCGGCUGAUUGUGAAAGACCUAAAAUGUCAAGUCCUUGAACUCCAUGUCUUUGACUGGGAAAAGGUUGGCUUUCACGAUAAAUUGGGAAUGCAAGUGGUACCCUUAAGUUUGCUUGUCCCCAAUGAGAAAAGGGAAUUCACACUUGAUCUUCUCAAGAGCUUGAACCCUAAUGAUCCUCACAAUAAAAGGAACAGAGGACAGAUCACGUUAGAGCUGAAUUUUGUUCCCUUUAAAAAUGACAAUUUACAAUUUUCUUUAUCCAUUGAAGAGGACAAGAAUGAGAAUGGUCUUGUUGGAAGGGAUACAAAGGUGGCUUCAACUGGGGGCUUGCUUUCUGUGUGGGUCCAAGAGGCUAAGAAUGUGGAAGGAAAGCAUCACACUAAUCCAUAUGCUUUAGUCAUUGUAAAAGGAGAUCAAAAGAGAACCAAGGUGAUAAAGAAGAGCCGUGCACCUAACUGGAAUGAGGAAUUCCAAUUCAUGCUAGAGGAGGCUCCUACACGUGAAAGGGUUCACAUUGAAGUUAUGAGCAGAAAAAAGGGUUUCAAUUUUCAUUGGAAGGAACCACUGGGCCAUGUGGAUAUCAAUCUAGUUGAUGUGGUGAAUAAUGGACGUAUUAAUGAGAAAUAUCAUCUGAUCAAUUCAAAGAAUGGAGUCAUACACAUUGAGAUGCGGUGGAAGGUUAUCUGAGAAAAUAACAACAGAACGAAAGGAUUAUAAUGGGACAUCUCCAGUUGUUUAUAUUAGCCUGG